GGCACUGAUCUUAACAGAGCUGCUCGUGUCGUCUUUCAGAGUAACUCACUAACUCACUCACUCAGUACGCGAAGAAACAGCCGUCCGUUCGGUUCAACUGUAUUCAUUGGUAAAACAAAAAAAAAAAAAAAGAAAAACACAUACAAAAGUAAUGUCGUUCAACAAAUAACAAGUGGACACAAUGGUGAUAAGAUAAAACUUAAGAAAAAAAAAAACAAAAAUCAUAACGAGUGACAUCAAUUUUGGAUGGCUUGCAAAAGGAAACGUAAAAAGUUGAAGCAUCGUCGGCAAAGUGUACAAAUAUAUUUACAAACGAAUUAAUUAUUAAUUAACAAACGAGUCUAUUAUUUAAAAAUUAUUAAAUAAAUAAUAAUAAUAAUCGAUAAAAAAAAGAAAAGAAAAGAACAGAAAAAAAAAGGAAAUGAAAACAAAACAAAUGUCAUCAAAAAUGACGUAGCAGCAUCAGAGUAGAGGGAGAAGGACAUAAAAAAAUUGUGCGUGUGAUUUUUUCGUCAAUCGAAUUUCACUUUCUUCCCCUCCACCUUCGUCUCAUUUUCGAGCUAGAAUUUGAACAAUUUCUUCGAUGUUUUUUUCUACUGCUGCUGCCGAAUAAAAACAAUAAAAAAAACAAACGCAAUGCGGUAGCAUUCGAAGAAUGCAUGAAUUUUAAGUUAGUCGUCCUGUCGCAUUAUCUUUCGUUUUAUCUUUCGUUUGUUGAGCGCGUAGGCGUAUCAGGGGUGGUGGUGGUGGUGGUGGUGGUGGUGAGGGGUUGUCGUAGCGGAGGUGGAGGGGGAAACGGGGUUUUUUUGUGCCUUUUUUUUUUUUUUCUUUCUUUCUCUUCAAUUGUGCUACGACGAGAGGAAAAGAUCGAAGCCUCGUCGAUUACGUUGGCGAUGAUCGGAUACAAUCAGCACAAUUCGGGCUACAACAAGCUGUUCACUCAGGGCUCGGCGGAUUCAAACUACUCACAGCCGAGCUCGGAUCUCUCGCUGGACGAGGAGAAAGAAAACAUAAGACGUGAAAAAGAGAGGCAGGCCCUUAAUCAACUUGAAAAAGCUAGGACUAAACCGGUUGCAUUCGCAGUGCGGACAAAUGUUAGCUAUGACGGAUCCGCUGACGAUGAUUCACCUGUUCAUGGUUCUGCCGUUAGCUUUGAGGUCCGGGAAUUUUUACACAUUAAGGAAAAAUAUGACAACAACUGGUGGAUCGGGAGACUGGUGAAAGAAAAUUGUGACGUGGGUUUUAUACCAUCCCCGGUGAAAUUAGAGGCACUGAGAUUGCAGGCUAGCGCAGCACGUGGUACUAAAGGUCUCUAUUCAGCACGAGGAGGAGGGUCUUCAGGGAACCUUGGCGAGAGUGGUAUGCCUUCACGUGGUUCCACGCCACCUACACCAGGUGACGACAACGACAGCGUUGGUAACGUGAGACCAGGAAAAGCAACAUUGACCACACCGCCUGCCAAAGAAAAACGAAAGAAUUUCUUCAAGAAACCGGAGACCACAACACCAUACGACGUUGUACCUUCGAUGAGGCCUGUUGUCCUAGUUGGACCUUCUCUAAAGGGCUACCAAGUUACCGACAUGAUGCAAAAAGCACUAUUCGAUUUUUUGAAACACAGAUUCGAAGGAAGGAUUAUUAUAACAAGGGUGAUGGCUGAUAUCUCGUUAGCAAAGAGAUCAUUAUUGAACAAUCCUACAAAAAGAGCGAUCAUGGAAAGAUCUGGAAGUAGAAGUAGUUGUUUGGCGGAAGUUCAAACCGAAAUCGAGAGGAUUUUCGAACUGGCCAGGACACUUCAGUUGGUAGUACUGGAUUGCGACACGAUAAAUCACCCAUCGCAAUUGGCUAAAACGAGUUUGGCGCCAACGAUCGUUUAUUUGAAAAUUUCAUCGCCAAAAGUAUUACAAAGGUUGAUCAAGACCCGUGGCAAAUCGCAAAUAAGGCAUUUAAAUGUUCAAAUGGUAGCGGCUGAAAAAUUAGCCCAAUGUCCGCCAGAAAUGUUCGACGUAAUAUUAGAUGAAAAUCAAUUGGAAGAUGCCUGCGAACACGUUGCCGAAUAUCUCGAAGCUUAUUGGAGAGCCACCCAUCCUCCUGUUGUUGCUGCAGUACCACGUGCAAUGCCAGCACCUGAUGCACCUGUUGAUGCGUUAACUCCUCGAGUUACACCAGGUGCCCAUCACGAGAGUUACUACGGCCACGAGCCAAGAGGUUCAGGAUCGUAUAGUGGAAGCGGACACAUGAGUGGUGGUGGCACGAGAAGAUCCCGUUUGGAAAGGAUGGAUCGUGAUCGAAUGGAUCGUAGUGAUCAUGAUUACGGUACCGAAGAGGAAUCAUACGUAACUGAUUAUGGCAAUGCAUCGAGACGUCGCCAACAGCAAGACUCGCGUGCACUUAACGCCAUUUAGGAGCUGGGGCCCCGGGGCCUGUCGCUACAGCGCUGUCCCUACCUGCGCACCACCGCCCUUUAAUUGUGUGUGGGGGUCGCUAAUGGAAAUACAACAGAACAAACAAAAAAUUAAUAUAAAACAAGGAAAAAGAAAAACACACACACACACA